GAUACUUAAAGAACUAUUUUGAACCUAUUAAAAGGGCUGUCCUUUUCUUGUUUCUAACAGGCCUGUUUUUCCAUUUUUGUACACAUAGAGCUACUAUAAACUCACUGAUUGUCACUUGUCACGGCUGAUAAAGGAGAGAAAAUCAAGAUAGUCAAGGAAAAGGUCGAAGCCUUGAAGGCUGAAUACUCUUCAGGUAGCAAUAAUGGUGGAAUGGUGGUGGUCUGUACUAGGAGCUGCUGUGCCAGCUGUAAUGGCAGGGCAAGCUUUCAGGACGAAAAAAAGGAGAGAUGAGGAGGAGAGGUUAAACAGGGCCAGAGGUCGUGAAAAGAACUCCGAUGAUAUCUUUGUUUGUGAAAGAGUGUGUACUUCAAACAGGAUGCUCAAGAAGGUUGGUGCAUUUUCUAAAGACCCGACACCCUAUACUUGUGUUACUGUUUGUGGUGUUUCUGAACUCGAUGCUUGUGCUGAUGCGUGUGCUCGAACUGUUUGUGUUAAUCAGCACCAAGUACCUAACUGGAAUGAUAUCUGUCUUAAGAGGUGUCAAAGUGAGUGUCUUAGGCUCUCACAAUCUUCUGUAGUGUCUUCUUAGCACAUUGCUCUCAACAUUUUGCUUCUAUCAUUUCAACAAUUCUGGUCUAUU